AUGAGUUCAUUUCAGUUUAGCCAAAUCUUCACAGAGAAAGUACAGGGAGCCCAAAAGCUCAAUGAGAUUAAGAAGAAAUACGACUUUUCAACUCUCAAGUAUCUGCACGAUGCCAGUCUGCCGAAACAGGACUUGGAUCUUCUGAUGAAUUGGAAACUAAUACGCAUAGAAUUCCCUGGAUUUUUUGAGCGGUAUAACCUGCACCAUCUAAUUCAGCCUUCCGAUCACUCGAAGAGCCGAGAAUCUACGCUGGACGGCCUUCUCCGUUAUACUCUUAACAGCAUACAAUUCGUUGACUUGGUCAUGGCAUCCUUGGGCUAUACGCGUUUAUCGAUCCAACGAGCUAUAGAUGAAGUUGUUCAUAUUGCAGAUGUAUUUACACGAGCAUCACCGUCGGAUUACCAAUAUAUAACGGGAUCGGAUCAACACCCAUUAACUCAAUAUGUAAUCUUGAGCAUCAUGAAAAGGCUAGCUCAUACUGUGGAAGAUUUUUUUCAUACUUUGUUAGAACCAUUCUACAAGAUUUACCUAGAAACCCCGUCAUCGAGAGCUUCUUCUUCAGCUCUUGGAUUUUCUUCGCCUUAUUUGCUCUAUUCAGAACAUGUUGUUCCACUCGAGGGAUUCGAUGUGCUGAGUGUCUUGAAAGAGUUUGCCAGUCUCGCAGCAAUCCCUUCAGGUGGAGAAGCAACAAGUAUGACAAUACAGCGAUUGUUCUCUAGUAUUACCACUUCGGAACUUUCAAAUGGACACAGCUCUCGGGUGGAGAUGAAUCAUAAUUUUUCCUCUACAUCACCACCUCCAGAGCACAAAGGAGAUGCGAUACCCAAGAAUAUAUCAAUCAAUCAUACGCAAUUCCCAUCAACAAUCGAGGGCUCACUACAAGGAGUGAAAGUCAUUCGUUGUGUGGCAUGCCAUCGCAGGUACAUGCGCCGUCAUUUAAAGUCACAUAUGCGAGUCGAGCAUCCACAACAGCGUUUUGGGGUCGGAGGAUGGACAAUUGAAGAAGAUUUUGUGCGUUAUUUUAAGAACAACCUGAAGUUAGGUCUCGAGUAUCUGCCUCUGGUUCAUUCUCAGCUCAAAUUCCUUUGGCGCAACCAAAAACAUCAAGCUUCGAUGUACAGGAAUACUUCUUCGGAAUCUCUCAUUAACCUACACCCUCGUUCAACAUUACGAUGGAGCUGGGUGCUUCCUCAUCAUAUUAAGAUCGCAUCAAAGGCAAUCAACGAGGCAUGA